UUGAUUUUAUCCUGGAAAGUGAUUUGUAAAAAUCAAUGUUUUGAAUCAGACAGGCACCAUAGUGUAGUAAAUUAAAGGACAAUGUCAUGAAACGAUGACAAUGUCAUUUACAUUGUUCUAGCAUCACCACACUGUGUACAAUAAGGCCAGUCACGGUGAGAGUUUGUCAGGCUCUCAUAAAUGGUAUCCUAUCAACCACCUUCUGUAAGCUUACAUUAAUCAAGUUCACAUAUGAGAAACUGUAUAAACAUAUAGGUGCUCAUUUAUUAUAUUUUGAAAUGCUUCAGUGAUGUACUUGUUUUAUACAUUCAGAGGUCAUUCCUCUUUUCAAAAUGGCUGGAUCUGCACCUGAUAUAUCAUGUUUUUCAAUCUCUAUUCUUAUUUUGUGGAAAAUAACAGGCACUUGUCUGAAAAAAAAAAUACCUAUAUACUUUAAUAUAAGUAUUUUUUCAGAGACAAGUGCCUGUGGAAAAUAAGAAUAGAGGGGCACCAUUGAUAAACUACUAUUAUUGUGAUAUUGUAUGUGAAAUAGUUAGAAUGCAUUAAAUAAGUUAAAAUAUGAAAGAAUAUUUACUAAAAAUAAAGUAUAUACAUGUAUAAGGACAGAGACAUAUAUACACAUAUAUGUCUCUGAUAAGGAUGAGGAUCUGCAAAUAAAUUAAUUUUGAUAUGCAAAGGACUAUUCUGCAAACAUGAAACUGGCAUGCAUAAACCCUACACAUUUCAAUAUAUAAUCACUAUGAACUUUGAGAUGAUAAGCUUUUUAGAAUGAUUUUUUUACAAUUACGUUCUUUCUAUGGUUUAAUAUAGGUAAUUUUUUGGGCUUAUGUCAGAUCUUGGUAGGGGAGAUAAUCAAUGAAAAAACCGAAGAUCAACAAAAAACUGCUGCCUCAUGAAAUAUCCUCCCCAUUUGCCCAUUUACAAUAGUCAUGGACCAAAAAGCAAGAAAAACAAUCCAGAAACUCAUAUUGAAACUGGACAAUUCUUCAGAAAACGGAGUAUUUAACUGUCUUGUUGAAAUCCGUAAAAAUGUGCUGAAAACCAAAGAAGGGAUAAGCUAUCUGUUGAAAAACGGAGGUAUCCCGAAGAUUCUUCAAAUACUACAGAAAAGUGAUACUGAUAACAAGAGUGUUGAUGUCAUUUUAAGUACACUGGGAAAUUUAUGUAUGGAUAAUGAUGCCAGAAAUAUGGUCAGAAGAUCCAGUGGCAUAGAAAUUAUAGCACAUGUUUUUGGUGAAUCGAAGACAGAAAGUAUACAAAAUAGAUGUUCCAGGACCCUGGCAAACUUGGCUUUAACAAAGGAAAAUAUUGUUAUUAUUCUUAAGGCAGAUGCUGCAGAAACCCUGGGAAAACUACUACAAUCUACAAAAACCAAAGAAAAUAUUCUGACAUACAGCAGAACAGUAAGGUUGCUUGUUAGUAACAACAGACAGAUGGAGAAGCUUCUAUUAGAUGAUGUUGUUCUGUAUCUAGCAAAACAUCUCAGUGAUUCAGAGGAAGAAGUUAAGCAUUCUAUAUUAAGAACUAUUCAUGAGAUUUCUGCUGUAAGUUGUUCUGUAGGUUUUGCCAGUCAGAUUGUUAGUUCUGGUGCCCUGCCGGACAUACUGUCCCUAAUGCUUCACAGUGAUAGUACUAUAGUCAACCAGUCCAUUACAGUGAUAAACAGACUUUCAAACCAGCCUAAUUUCCGAGCGGGCUUGGGAUCAGCUGGAGGAAUAAAAAUAAUUCUUGAUAUUUUUCAUGAUAAAAAAAAUGGUAUUGACAAAAAUACAUUGCUAAAUAUUCUUUGCAUGUGUUGUAAAGAUGGUGUCAAUCGAAUAAAAAUACGUGACAAUGAAAUUUUGCAGUUAUUUUUAGAAUGUCUUUACAAGGAUGAAUACAGUGUGCUACACGAUAAAGUCAUCAGUGCUUUACAAUGCUUUCUAUAUGAUGAUCCAAGUAUUUCAGUUUUACUUGAACAUGGUUUGAUUAAAGUUCUGGUCAGUCAUUUGCAAAGAGUUGCCAAGUUUGAAAGUGUCGUCUGCCAAGCAGAAGAUCUGAUUCCAACUUUCAUCAGUAAAGACCAAAUGAAUGAGGAAAUGUUAAAAGAGCAAGAAAUGUUCAAGAAACUGUAUCAGUUUCCACAUCAAGUUGACUCCAGAUGCAACGGAAAUGUAACAGAAAAGAAAAUGAAGGCAAAGGUUCAGCUAGACAAGGUGGAGGAAAAAGAAGAAAAACGUAAAUCUGUUGUUUACAGCAUGGACAGUCCAUCAUACAUUCCACAUUCCUCGUGGGAUAUUGACCAAUAUACCAAAGGUGAAAAAUGUAAACAGGUAUUUGUGAAGAACGAUACAGAAUUGUCAGAAUACAGUCCCCUAAGUACUGUUUCAUAUUAUUCACCAAAAAGUAACUCUGAAAGUAGUGGAGAAAGUCCCACAAAUUCUAAUCAGUAUUCAUUAAGUCCAUCCAAAUUCUCAUUUAGUAGUCCCGGUUGUUCAUCAUGGAGUGUUGCUGAAAGUACUCCAGAAAAUUGGUUUUCAGUUUCAACGGUUAAUAAAGAUCCAAACUAUGGCAUGGUUUGUAGUAUUCCAUACUCUUGUGGAAGUCCAGAAAAAUGUGAAAGUCCUAUGGCGUCAUCACCUGUACCAUUUCAGCAAGAUGAAGCAGAAUUUUCAAGUUGUGAAUCUGAGGAUGAUGAAUUAGAAGAUGAAAAUUCUAGAAAUAAAAUUGACAAAUCAAAGGAAAAACAAUGUGAUGUUUUGUUGUUGGAUAAUAUCACACAAAUAAAGAUGGAAGAGACAUUAGAUAUGAAUGAAAUCAAACACACUGUUGAUAAAAUUGAUCAAACAGUAGAGAAACAAGAAUGGGAGACAACUAUUGAACAAAUGCCCAAUGUAAAUGGGGAUAGUAUAAAGCAGAAUGAUACAAACAAUAUGGAGACACAUGUACAGACAAAAAGGACUAAGAUGACAGAUGAUAGAAGUGACAUUAAUGUAGAAAACCCGUCAAAAAGAAGAAAACUUGAUUCUUUUGAGUCAGAUCUGAGAUCGUCCAGACAUGUUAAAGAAAUUGAAAAUCAAAUAUUGAUAUUACUGUCACGUGUGUCACAAAUGAAUGAUCCAAGUCAGCACAUAGUUACCAUAGAAAUUGUCUGUUGCCUAUUGGAUUAUUUACACAAAGUUGAUAAUCCACAACCAAGAGCAGCCAGAAUUCUAUCCAGGCUUGCUAAAAACCCUCUAUGUUUUGAGAAGUUACUGAAAAUGAACUUUAGUAUGUUGGUUUAUUACAAGUUAUGUCUGUACAAAUACGAAGAUGAAAUAAAUAAGCUCUCUAAAACUGACAACUGCAUUCUUCAAACAUCACAGGUAAAGAGAUGUACUGACAGAAGAAAAUCAUCAGGAUCUGAUCACUAUGGUUACAGAAAUAAUUCACAGUAUUCUUUUCUUGAUAAUCUAACUAAAAUUUCUGAAAGCAUUCCAAGUGAUAAAAAUGAAAGAAAAAGAUCUGCUGCAGACCGAGGAAAAAAUGUCAUGACAUCAGAAGAAGAAAAGUCCUAUUUUAAAGCACAAGUUGGUUUGACUUUAUUGCAAGAUCUGUGUAUCCAGGCAGACAGUCAUUUUGGUAGAGGUGAAGUUGAACGUUUGGUGUACAGAUAUCCAGACAUUAUUAGAGAAUGGUUAGCUGUAGAUGUGCUGUAUAUUUUAUGGUUGAGAGGCAUGCAUGGACACUACUUCAGAAGAAUGCAUUUUUUGACGAAAAUUUUUGAUAUUCUACAGAAUCUAACAGUUAAUACUUCUAUAUGCCAAGCAGCACUUCAAGGUUUGGUUUUUCUUGGGAAGAUGAUCAAUUUUCAGAUGAAAUGUGAAGAUAAAAGUUUUAGAAAGGACUAUGUUGUGCAUGAAUCCGAAGAUCGUCUAAAUAUAGUUGAUGUUGUACCUGAAUCAGAAGAUUGUCUAAAUGGGGUAGACAUGGAUAUCAGCAUUGAUUUGGAGGCAUGUAAAUUUGAUUGCGCUGAGGUGUCACAUAAAGUUGUAUUUUUAGUUGAAAACCAGAAACUUAUAUGUUGUAGAAACUUACUAUCAGAAUCGUCACCUUUGUUCACUGCUAUGCUUCAUGGGAAAUUUUUAGAGGCCAAUAAAAAUGAAAUUGUGAUAGAAGAUACAACAUUUUACGCCUUUCGCUAUUUGAUACAUUACCUGUAUAAAUGUACUGACAAAUGUCAUGUAACGGGUCAUUUUUUGGUUUGUGAUAAAUCUAUUGAAAAUGUCUAUCAUUGUUUGGAAGUCUUUUCAUUGGCUAUUAAAUACCUCGUAUAUAGACUGCAAACAUUCCUUCUACAAAUUUUAUCCAAGCAUUUAAUGACAGCUGAAUCCUGUUGUCAUGUCUUUGACUUUGCACUUUUGCAUGAUUUUUCUGAUUUAGCAGACGACAGUGUUAUUUGUGUAACAAAAAGGGGAAAUAAUCUGGAAAGAAUGAAAGGACUUUAUAAAUUUAUAUGUGGACAAAAUAAAGAUGCUUUUCUGGUGACUCUUAAAGAUUUGUUCACAAGUUCUCUCUAGAGUUGUCUGCAUUUAAGUAUAAGAAAUUGGUGUCCAUUUAGUCUGAGAAAACAUUACUAAAAUGAUUAAAAAUUAAUGUGUAUCUAUGUUAUUGUGUAUCUCAAACAACUGACAUUUACAUUGAAUUUAUUAUGUUUUUGAUUACUCAAAACAAUCAAUGUUGAGGUUAUGUAGGAAAUUUAAUAUUCAAAAUUAAAAUUGGAGUUUUAGUUACUGUGAUUUUCAUCAUGUCUCAGUAAUAUAAACAAUUAUUUCUUGAUAUAAAGUAAAGUUUGAUUAUUGAUUUUCUUGGCUAAAUUUUUAUAUAUGCACUCAUAUAUUUCUGAAAGUGAAGAAAAUUUUGUAAUAGUGACUUUUAGCCAAGCGAGUAUUCUUUAGAUAAUUAAAUGGACCAAUAUAGUAUUCAGAUUGCUUUAGUAUCAUCUUCAGGUAUAAAAGGAUGAAUUCCAUCAAAUGAUUAGAGUACUUAAUUCAAAUUAAUGAAAUUUCUACUAAUGGAAUAAAUGUAUUUUCAUUAGUUAUGCUAGAAAGGAUACAUAUAUACAAAGUCUCAAGUCAUAUCGCUACUCAUUUUAAGACUACAUAUAUAAAACAAAGGUAUUUCUUUAAAAGAGAGGUCAAGUAUUUUAAGCACUGGUUGGACUUACAAAAUUGAGGUUAGAGUUUGGGACCAUUUUUAUAUUACUUUAAUACCAAAUUAGACAUUUAAAAUUAAUUUUGAUAAGACCGCUAAAAAUUUGAGAUCAUAUAUUGCUAUCAUGUCGUUGUCAUCGUCAUCCGAAGACAUUUGGUUUCCAGACAAUAACUUUAGUAUUAGUGAAUGAAUCUCUUUGAAAUUUAACCACUAGGUUCAAUAGCACAAAAGGAAGGUUGGAUUGAUUUUGGGGGUCAUGGUCCCAACUGUUUAGGAAUAAGGGGUCAAAAAGGGGCCAAAAAAGGCAUUUUUCUAGUUUCCGGACAAUCACUUGUGUAUAAGUGUAUGGAUCUCUAUGAAAUUGUACCACAAGGUUCCAUACAACAAAGGGAAAGUUGGGAUUGACUUUGGGGGUUAUUGCCCAAACCGUUCAGGAAUUAGGGGCAAAAAAGGGGGGAAAACAAGGUUUUUCUGGUUAAUGGACAAUUACUUAGGUAUUUGUCUAUGGAUCUCUAUGAAAUUGAAACACAAGGUUUCAUACCUCAAAGGGAAGGUUGGGUUUGAUUUUGGGGGUUAUGGCUCAAACUGUUCAGGAACAAGGGACAAAAGGGGGGGGACAAGGUUUUUCUGGUUUCCGGACAAAUACUUAAGUAUUAGUCAAUGGAUCUCUAUGAAAUUGUACCACAAGGUUCCAUACCAUACGCAGAAGGUUGGGGUCGAUUUUGUGGGUUGUGGCUUUAAUUGUUAAGAAAUUAGAGGCCAAAUAGGGGCCAAAAACAAGACUUUUCUAAUAAUUUCUAAGCUGGUUCUAACAUAAAUUAUUUCUGAUCUAUAUAAAGAAACAAAAAAUACUGAUAUGGCAGGAGAUACACACCAAACAGGGUGUGUAAAUUAUUAUAUUUAGUUUGUAAACAGAUUUACUAAGUAUUGUGCAACAGCAAGAAAUCUUCAAUUGAAAAUAAAUACAAAUCUUUUAACCAAUUUCAAUGAGGAUUGAUUUAAAGUCAAAAACUGAAUUCUUGUGGUUCUAUGAUAUGCUGAAUAUUCAGAUUUUUAAUUUUGGGCCCUGUUUUCAAAUUAGUCUAUAUUAAGAUCCAAAGGGUCCAAAAUUAAACUUUGUUUGAAUUCAUGGUUUUUUUUUAUAUGCUGAAUCUAACCAUGGAAUUAGAUUUUGGAUAUUGGACCAUUAAAUAGAUUAAAUUCCCAUUUAAAAUUUUUCAGUUAUUUGACCACAUUUAUUCUGUGUCAGAAAUCUAUAAUGUGUCAAAUAUUUAAGCACUAUCCAAAUUCAGAGCUGUAUUAAGCUUGAAUAUUGUGCCCAUACUUGCCCCAACUGUUCAUAGUUCGACCUCUGCGGUCGUAUCCAGCUGCUCCAGGCGGAGCGCAUUUUUGAAUUCUGCACUACCUAAAAUUAGAUAUAUAUACAUACCAGUGAUCAUCAUAAAUGUGGUUUUGAAAGAAAUUAAAUCUGGAUCAUCCUAUGUAACAUAUAAAAAAGAUGAAAUUGAAAAUUGAAACUACUGCUCAGGGCUUUUAACAUUUUAAGACUUAAUUUCAGAUGUCCUUAGCCUAACUUUGUUGUUGUUAUAUGAAUAAUGUUUAUGCCUGAAAACAAUUGUGAUAUUUUAUUUUAUUGUUACAAGUUCUACAUACUAAGACCAUUGUUUAUUAAAAAAAUUAAAUCUGAUCACACAUA